AUGAUAAAUCAAGGAAUAGAAGCUGACGGAUCAUAUGAGAUAGAAACAACUUAUUCCCCUACACAAAUAGAAAUUGAAGAAAGCGAAGAGAUUGACGAUAAAUCUUCUACUUCUGAAAGUAGCUUUCCAGCUCCAGUGAAUCUUCAUCUUGUACCGAGGCUCUUUAAAAAUCCUUAUUAUAAAACUCCAAAAAAAUUUAAAACUCUUAAACAAAUCCUAGUCGCCGAAAGAAAUUUAAAUACGCCUUUAGAUGUACCAACUUAUUCUAAUAUAGAAGCACCGCCUUCAAUUAAGCCGCAAAAGAAAUAUUGUGACAUUACGGGAUUAGAAGCAAAAUAUACGGAUCCAAAAACGCGUCUUCGAUACCAUUCUGCAGAGGUAUAUAAAGAAAUUAAACAGUUGGCGCCCGGUGUCAUCCAAGAUUAUCUUGGAUUAAGACACGCUGCGGUUGUAUUAAGAUAA